AUGAAAUUAUUUUUGAUUAUUGUUAAGUUUUAUAUUCUUGUCAAUAUCAAUGGAGUAAACACGUUCACACCUCCUCCAAGAGCAGAACAAGCUGCUAUUCUUAUAGAUAAUGAGGUUUAUUUUAAUGGCGGGUGGGAUGGUUUUUUUGUUUCUGACUUUUUUUAUCUUGAUAUAUCAAAACCUUUCAACACAAAUAAUAUAGUAUGGGUUGAUCUCUCAUCAAUUGCGGGCCGAAUAAAUAGGACUGCCUCGACAGCUUGUAUUGGUUCAAAUAAAAAUCAAAUCAUCUAUUUUAGUGGCGGGGCUGUUGCAGUAGGUGGCAAUUUUACUUCAAUAUUCGAUAUUACAACGCAAAAAUGGAGCACACCAGAAACUUCAGGAAAUUUUAAUGCAACCGAACGAAAAUUUGAUCAAUGUAUUACUUCGGGAAAUUCAAUAUAUAUCUAUGGAGGAUAUGAUGAUUUAUUUAACAUGGUCAAAUUAGAUACUUCAGAUUCCAAUUUUGUUUGGUCAACAUAUUAUGCUGGAAUGAUAGCACCCCUUGGUCUUGUGGGUUACAGUGCUACUCUCAUAAACAAUGCCUCUAUAUUAUAUAUUGGGGGUAGAUUAUAUGCUAAUUCUUGGGUUGAUCUUUCCUACAAUUUAUUGGACAAGAAUACUUCAGGGAAUAUUCCUUACUCACGCAGCAAUCACGGAGCGGUCUUUAUAUCUCAAUAUAAUCAAAUUUUAAUAUUUUAUGGACAACCUAGUUCUUCAUUUAUUGCGCUUGAUACCCUAAAAUUUACAUGGUCAUCUCCUACAAUUUCUAAUGGUGGUUCUCAAUACCAAUUGAUUAGGUGUACUUCAUUACUAAUUGGCGCUUAUGUUCUAAUUGCAUUUGGACAAGAUCAUAAAAGCAACAAUUUUACAAAUGACGUUUUUCUUCUUGAUGUAAGUUUAAAAAAUAAUUAUCAAUGGUCUAUGACAUUCGAUCCUACCAAAUUGCUUCAAUCUAUUUCUGCAACGACUGAUAUGUCAUCAACACCAACAUCUAAUAUUUUGAAUGAUUCAUCAUCUGUUAAUUUUGGCGCAAUAAUUGGAGGUACAUUUGCUGGAAUUGCAGGUCUUAUUAUAAUAUCAGCAGUUUCCGUAAUAAUGGUCAAAGGAUAUGGAAAUUCUCUCAAUUUUAUUUCACAAGAAGAGACAA